AUGGAAGUUCUACUACAGGAUGGCCAAAUUAAGGAACAUAUGUUAAAUGAACCAUGGCAAACAUGUACAUCAUCACCAAAUCAUGAAGGAAUUCUUAGAAAACCAAGCCCUGUGAAUAUAAAAAGACUUCCCAAACGACCUGCUCCUACAAAUCCAACACCGAUUCCACAAAACCAAAAUGAGACAAAUCCAAUGGAUACGAGUCCCAACGAAGAUUCCUCAAGUACCUCGUCGUCGCCAUUAAAUGAUCAAUCUGAGAAUGAAUACAAUUUAGACGAAGCUGACAACGUCAGUCUGGUUGAUACGACUUUACACUCUUCUUCCUCCACAGCUGCUGAGGCAGCAGACGAAGGCGAGCAGUCAACAAAGCUUGACGAAGAGAGUAUACAAUACUUAUACCCUAAACAUAACAACAAUCCCGUCUUAAAUCGAGAACAUCUACGCUAUGUCCCUAUCCACAAAAGGCGACUGCCAAAAAAAGAGAUGAUAUUGAAUCGAAACCUUUUCGUCGCACAGGUGAUAAAUGCCGGUUGCACAGAAGCAUCAAACCAGAAGAAACUCCUUGGAAAAAUCUUUCACAGAUAUGAUCCAUCAAAUUACAAGAGUCCUGUCUGGGCUUCUGAAAUGAGUACAAGUGGAAAAUACCUAGCAACCGCGGGAAAGGAUUCCAUUAUUCGAGUAUGGAAGGUCAUUGAGAGUAAGAAAGACCGAAUCCAUCACUUUAAUGAAGAAAUCCGAAACAAAGAUUCUUACUUCACUGGUUUCAGUGUAUUUGAACCAAAUCCUGUUUUAAGCUGCUAUGGUCAUAAAGCUGAAGUACUUUCCGUGUCCUGGAGCAAAAAUGAUUUUUUACUAACUGCAUCCAGCGACAGCACCGUUCGUCUUUGGCAUCCUAGAGUAGGCAGGUGCUUGGCCUUCUUCCAACACAAUGAGGUUGUAACGUGCGUUUCUUUUCAUCCAACAGACGAUCGAUACUUUGUAUCAGGAACAUUGGACCAUCGAAUCCAGAUAUGGUCCGUUUUGGAGCAAAAAGUCUUGCAUUGGAAUCAACUAGAACAUCCAAUUUCGGCCAUAUGUUUUCAAGCCAAUGGCCAGCGCAUCAUCGUCGGGUUGUUUUACGGAAUGUGUGUUUUAUAUGAUAUAGAACAACUUCGUUAUAUUUCUUCAUGGCUCAUUCAUCGAUCAUCUUCACGAAAUAGAAAAAGUAGAAUCACUGGAUUGCAAUGCACAAAUGCCAUUCCUGGAGAAGUCAAUUCCAAGACAUAUGUUUUGGUUUCCACAGACGAUAGAUCCAUUCGGAUUUUUGACGUUGAAAAUAGAUGUAUGAUUUUAAAAGUGAAUGAAGAACAUCGUGCACGCGGACAACUACUUUCUCGUCUAAAUGAAGACAACUCCUACAUCAUUAGCAAAAAUGGCUCCAACGAAGUUGUAUUGUGGCAUCUUCCAUACAAAUUUCUAUCAUCGACAAACAAACGAAGAGGCGUUGUUCGACAUCUGCCGAUCGAAACAUUUCGGAUUUGCACAGAGGGGCUCACUUCCGCAAUUAUUGCUCCAGCAAAAACAACUUUAGAGAUUAGCCGCUCGGAAGGAUAUCUCUGUCCUAAAAAAAACUGGAAAAACCCACUGUCCAAGGCCUCAGAAAAGACCUUUGGUGCAAAACCCCUUGAAACUAUCAUAGUUAGCAAUAUGGCAGGAAAAGUGAUUGUUUUAAGACGUGACGACCUAAAAGUGAAUAAAGGACCUGUAAAAUUUCGAAAGUUCCUUCAUAACUGGUUGCAUAUUUGA